CCGUGAGUGACAGGACAGGUACCGCUCCGUGCAAAUGGCGUGAAGGGUUUGUUAUUGUUAUUGUUUCUGUGUGUAAGCGUGAGUGAAGAGAGAAGCUAAAUAACAUGACUAAAAAUGACGCCCUCGUGGGCGAUUAAGAGACAGUGGAUGGUUGCAUAAAUCGGCGAAGAAAAAGAGAGCGCGGCCCGAGCGUCUCAUUCGGUUCCCGCUCUCCAGGUUGUAAACACGCGUUGCUGUCACGUGGCCAGCGCAAGACCGGGUUGUUUAAAUUGAUUUAAAAAUAGACUUCCUCCCCCAUCCGGCUAAACAUUAGAUGGCUCCGGCGAAGUCGCGGAAGAUUGCGGUGCUAGGGUACAGAUCAGUCGGAAAGUCGUCUCUGGCAGUCCAAUUUGUGGAUGGACGUUUCGUGGAUUGUUACGACCCUACAAUUGAGAAUACAUUUACUAAAACCUUAAACUUCGAUGGGCAAGAGUUCUACCUGCAGCUAGUAGAUACUGCUGGGCAGGAUGAGUAUUCCAUUUUCAGCUUCUCCCACACAGUGAACAUUCAUGGGUAUAUUUUGGUUUACUCUGUAACAUCUAUGAAGAGUUUUGAGAUGAUUAAGAUAAUUCGCAGUAAACUACUGGACAAAGUGGGAAAAAUCCACCGGCCAUCAUCUCCACAUUAUGCUCCACCUUUUGAACCUCCAUGUUUUUGCCAAAUGUGCAGAAUACCGACAGUGCUGGUUGCAAAUAAGAAAGACCUUACCAAACAAAGAGUGGUGAAAAUUGAAGAAGGGAAGAAACUCGCACAUUCUUGGGGAGCUGCAUUCUUGGAAUCGUCGGCAAAACAGAAUGAUACCACAGUGCAAAUAUUCAAAAUGAUGAUCCAGGAAAUUGAAAAACCCGCUGGGUAUGUCCAGGACAGGAAAUGUGACAUGAUGUAGUGAGCUUUGUGGCCAUGACACUUUUCUGGUUGCUGAGGAAUGAAGGCCUAACCAUUUUGUGAUCUGGUUACCUGUAGCUGAGCUAACAGAAUAGAAGUCUACCACAACUGUUCUACACUAGUUGGCUUGAUUUAUUAGGUCACUAAGUCGUUAAAUAAGCUUUGUAUUGUUUGUGAUAUGCAAGUCCUUGCUUAGACUUGUAUAGCUAGUAAAAUAAGAUCCACUCUAAGUGGUAUUCAGUAAUGAAUCAGAAGCUUGCCUAUCGUUUGAAAUCAAAGGCCUGCUUUAUGUUAACGAAUUAGCUUCUAAAGUACAUUUGGUGUCUGAUGGGAUUGCCACUUCAACAUAACCUUUUUAUUUUAAGUUUCAUGUGGAUUUUGUUUCCAUGGAGUGGGAAUAAAUGCAGUCUUUUCAAAAUGUAUUCCUUCUUGCAAAGGACUUUAAAAAAAAAAAAAAAAAAAAAAAAAAAAUCUAGAGUCUGUAGCAAAUUGAGAUUGCAUAAAGUAUAGAUUGUAAUAGUGGUAUCUUGAAUUGAUAACUGUCUCAAUAAGAUUAUUGUCUGUUAUUGGCUAUUUGAUCUAAAACCAAAUCUACUGGUUUGAGAGACCCAGUUUUUUGAUUUACUUUGGUUUUGAGUGAUAAUGAAGCUGCUUCAUGGAAUGGAUCUAUUGAUUUACUGUGAAGCAACUCGUACCUCCUAACCCCUUUCCCAUCUGUCCAGCUGAAGAUUUUCUUUUUGUCUUUCAAUUGAGUUUGAACAUGACACAAAGAAAAUGUUGCUGAUAUAUGUGAGCUGCUUUGGCCUGGGUUGUGCAGCAACAUGAAUGUUUAUUUUAUGGUAAGGGACGGCUAAGUAUUACAAAAUCAUUUUGGUAUGUCUAAUUUGAUCAACUGCCAUGGUUUUAUUGUUGUGAAAUAAUUGAGAAACAUAGUUACUUAUUUAAAUGUGCUGAUUCGUUUGAUAUUCAUGCUAAAUGAAUUAUGCUGCAAUAGUCUGAGAGCACUUGCAAUUUCUGACAUAAAACUUUGGUUGUUAACUUUUGAAGCCAUCCAUUAGGCUUUGAUUUGAGCUUGUGGAUUUAAUUGAGUAGUUGUGCAUAAUCUUUAUGUAAAAACUGGAUGUCAUGCUGCAGCCACGAUUUGCCAUUAUCAUGAGAGAAGCUUGCUGCUACUAAUCACCUGUUCCUUGUUAGGUGAUCCUCAUGCUAACAGUAUGAUUGAAGCAAUAUUUUGGGUAUAAAAUUACUCCAAUAAAUCUAAGAAAGCCAAAAUUGCAUUUGGACAUAAACUGCUGCUAUUUGGUCAGAUCUAGUCUGAACAUUUUGGUCUCAAAUGGAGCAAUUCGUACCACCUUCAAAAGCGAGUUAACAUUUGAAGUGCACUUUCAAUGACAGAGAUUUAUACUGAGUGAGUUGAGACAAAUCUCAAUGUUUUCUGACCAGUUAAGGAUUUGCGUUUUGAUAUAUUUGUCUUUUCUAUGAUUUAUUUUUUAUUUUUUAUUCUGCUCAAAGUGGGCAAAAUAUUUGAUAUCCUCAAUUGGAGCCAACUGUACUGAGAUCAAUGGCCCACAUUACCAUUGAAAUAGUGCCUUGAAUUCUUUGUUUUUGCUGACCUUUUGUCUUAUGUAAGCUAUGGAUGUAAUUGAGUCUAUAAGUGUUAGCUAUUUAGUAGUUCAUCAAUGAUCUAUUAUUGUAAUGUGUUAUCUUGUCGGAGUAAUAUUUUGGUAAUGCAUUGCCCAUGCCGGCACUAAAUUUAGACAGGGUUUUUUUUUUGUUGUGCAAGGUACGAUGUGAAGUUGAUUUGUAGGACUUGUUUAUUAAAAUAUUAUGGAAUCAUC